GUCAGCGAAUUGAACAAAUACCAAUGACGGCACCAUAACUCAGAAAAUGCUAGAGAUCCGUUAGUUGUCAGGAGUCAGCAGUCAGGAUAUCAUCAAUCAUUUCUGUAAACACCGUAAAACCUGCAAAGUCACCAUCUCACUGGUCUCUCUUAUCUUCUUUCUCUCAUUUAUUUACCCAAUCCCAGACUUACGUUAUUAGUUGUCUUAAACUUAAAGCCAAUUCUGCGAGUUACGUUCUUCUUCUUCUUUUACAUCGAAUCGCAGUUAUAGGAUUCAGAAGAAGAACAGAAGAACAUGCCAUCAAGCCAAAUUUCUCCCGACUCCCGAAACGACAAUCCAAACAACACAACUGAGGCACCUGUGGCGGAUGAUGGUUCAAUUUCUGCGUCCGGUAGUGACAACAGGAAAGUCUCACGCGAAGAUAUUGCACUAGUUCAGAACUUGAUCGAGAGGUGUUUGCAGCUAUAUAUGGAUAAAGAUGAAGUCAUUAAAACGCUCUUAAACCGUGCUAGGAUCGAUCCUUCGUUUACAAGUCUAGUGUGGCGGAAAUUGGAAGAAGAAAAUGCUGACUUCUUUCAAGCAUACUACAUAAGAUUGAAGCUGAAAAAGCAAAUCAUACUGUUCAAUCAGUUGCUUGAGCAACAAUAUCAUCUAAUGAAAUAUCCUCCGAUACUUACAUCAGCUUCUCUGGAGAAUUCAAAUAAUUGCUCCACAGCCACCAAUCUACCUAUGGGGUAUCCUAUCAUGCAGCAACCUCCAAUUAUUCCAGCAGCUUCUCAUUCUUAUGUUGAUCCAAUGAUGAUGUCUAGUUGCCAUGUGGUUAAUGGGAUGCCUGCACUCAACAACUACCAUCCUAUGCAUAUGAAUUCUGGGAACAAUAUGGUGAUAGAAUCAGAUGUGGCCGCAGCAGCCGUUCCACAGAGCAAUGGUUAUUCAUCUAUGAUAGAUACCCCAGCAUCAGUGCCUUCAAGUGGUCACCAUUUCCCCUUUACCGCCCUUGACACCACAUUUAUAUCUGACAUUGUGACCACAACUGGGUUGCAACUCCCCUCAGAUUAUUGUGCUGGAAGUUACAGAAAUAACACCCUUCGGUCCUUGGAUCACUAUCCUUGGAAUUUUAAUCUUUCAGACUUAUCAGAAGAUUUACCCAACUUAGAAGAUAUAGGAGGUCUUGGGAACCAUCACCAGUCAUCACCCUUUUUGCAUUCUGAUUCAGAUAUUCUACUCGAUUCUCCCGAGCAAGAAGACUCAGUAGAGGAAUUCUUUGUUGAUUUCUCCUCAGGGCCAACUUGUUCUCAAACUGAUGAGAAGAAUCCAAGCCAUAGUUAGUGGUGAUUGGUGAAGUUACUGUAAUUUCAUCGGAUCGAUUGGUGCUGAGUUGCAGAGAGCAUGGGAAUACAAAUCAAAGCACCAGAUGACUUGACUUACGACCGUUAAAUCAUGUCUUAGAAUGCUUUCCUUAAUAUUUAGUCUUGUUUUGCUAGUUAGCUCAGGAAUGUAUGAAAUCAUAGUGUCUGUCUGUCUUCUAUAUGAGUAUUGGCUAUUCACAGGCUUGUUUUGCUAGUUAUCUCAGGAGUAUAUUAAACCAUAGUGCAUGU